UGGAUGAAAGUUUGGUCCCGAUUCUGGGCUGGGGACUCUAACCGUCAUGUUAAGAUAAAGCAGAAGGGUGCAGUGCUGAACAUGCUAAAGAGGUUAGACAAAAUAAGGUUCAGAGGUCACAAGAGAGACGAGUUCCUCGAUAUAGCAGAGUCUCCCAAUGCAUCAGACACUGAGUGUGGUGAUGAAGUCCCUAUGAAAAUACCUCGUACAUCAGGAAAAGACAGUGAUGAGCGGAGAGACCCAGCUGGCCCCGGGACUAUCAACAUGGCUUCAGGAGUUCAAGAUUAUAAUCGAACGGAGUCUGAUAGAUUAAAUGAGAUCAAAGGCCAUCUUGAAAUUGCCUUGCUGGAAAAACACUUUUUGCAGGAGGAGCUCAGGAAGCUGAGAGAAGAAACAAACGCUGAAACGUUGAAACAAGAGCUAGAAAAAGAGCGUCAGAGGAGGAUAGAACUGGAACAAAAAGUCAAUGAAAUACUCAAAACGAGAACGGAAGAGCCACCUCCUUCUUCACUGCCCACAAAAGCACAGACACAAGCCAAUGGAACAGAUAAACGUAGCCACAUGAUGUGUUCAAGAGUUCAGAAGUGGGUUUAUGACAAGUUUGGGGAAUACAUAGAAGACUUCAGAUUUCAGCCAGAAGAAAACACCGUGGAAACUGAAGAGCCACUUAGUGCUAGAAGGCUUACUGAAAAUAUGAGACGAUUAAAAAGAGGUGCCAAACCUGUUACGAAUUUUGUGAAGAAUCUUUCUGCCUUAUCAGACUGGUAUUCUAUCUACACUUCUGCUAUUGCCUUUAUUAUCUACAUGAAUGCUGUAUGGCAUGGCUGGGCCAUUCCUAUGUUCUUAUUUUUAGCAAUUUUGAGGUUAUCCCUAAAUUACCUCAUAGCCAGGGGGUGGAGAAUACAGUGGAGUAUUGUGCCUGAAGUUUCUGAACCCAUUGAACCUCCAAAAGAAGACCUUACAGUGUCAGAAAAGUUCCAGCUAGUUCUGGAUGUGGCACAGAAAGCACAGAACUUGUUUGGCAAAAUGUCAGACAUACUGGAAAAAAUUAAAAACUUGUUUAUGUGGGUCCAGCCAGAAACAACGCAGAAGUUGUAUAUUGCCUUGUGGGCAGCUUUUAUUGCCUCCUGCUGUAUUCCGUACAGGAUAAUUGGGCUUUCAAUGGGACUUUAUGCAGGAAUCAAAUUUUUUCUUAUUGAUUUCGUCUUCAAGCGGUGCCCACGAUUGCGAGCGAAGUAUGAUACUCCUUAUAUCAUUUGGAUAAAUUUGCCCACAGAUCCUCAGCUCAAAGAGAGGACUAAUGCAACAGUGUCAAGAAGGCUUCAAACAACAGCCUCAAGAAGCUAUGUAGGUGCAAGUGCCCCCGCCGGAGUCAAUAGAGAUGAGGACAGUAGCCGUUUCCACCUCACCAAGAAAGGCAACUUCCAUGAAGUCUUUAACCUGUCAGAAAAUGAGCGUCCUUUGGCAGUGUGUGAAAAUGGCUGGCGUUGCUGCCUGAUUAACAGAGACAGGAAGAUGCCCACAGACUACAUCAGAAAUGGAGUGCUUUAUGUUACAGAAAAUUACUUAUGUUUUGAAAGCUCCAAAUCCGGUUCCUCUAAAAGAAAUAAGGUUAUAAAACUCUCAGAUAUAACAGAUAUUCAAAAGUACAAAGUCCUUUCGGUUCUCCCAGGAUCUGGGAUGGGUAUUGCAGUCUCGACACCAUCUACACAGAAACCUUUAGUGUUUGGUGCCAUGGUACACAGAGAUGAAGCUUUCGAGACCAUUUUCAGCCAGUAUAUGAAGAUAACUUCUGCAGCAUCCUCCGGCGAAAGCUAGUACAUCACCACGGCUGGUUCUCUUAGAGGGACUUCCUUUUUAAAAAAAAUUCAGUUUACUCUCUUGGUUGUGGGGGAAAAGGUGGAACACCUUUCAUCAAUUCUGCAAUAAUUUCCUUCAUUGCACAUACCUUGCAUUACAUAAACGUAUUUUAUAGAUGCCUUCAUGUUUUUGUCUUUUAAAGCUUUUGUAAAAAAAAAAGAAAAAAGGAAAAAAGAAAGUGCUAUCAUCACUGUUCGCCUUGCACAUUAAGCACUUUUAAUGUUUAUUUACUGGCAUU